UUCGGAGCUUGUACUCACAGAGGAUAAUUUCCGUGUUUUUUCUCGCGUUUCUGUUAAUACCUUCAGGAUUUUAAUGAUCCACCGGACAAAUCCCCCGGUGAAGACAUCAAAACAAGCGCGGAUUUGAUGUCGAUAGCAGAGAAUAAGCCGAUAAGUCUAAAACACACUCAAAUGUAUUAAUUUUUCCCUGGAUCAAUCUAAAUUAAAAUGAGCUGUCUCCGUCCUCAGAAGCACAUGGACUCCGAAGCCGCAGUUGUAGAUGACUGGUUCCUCAUGUAGUGAAGCUGCUCACUGAGGGGGAAAUAUUUUGCGCUUUUUUUUUUUUUUUUUUUGCUUCUGCUCCUCAUCCCGCUGAGUUUUUGGACGUCGGAUCUGGGUAGUUUUCUCCAGAGGGGGACCGUGAUCAACUCCUGGAGCUCAGAUCUUCCUCUCCAUCGGAAAAAAAAAGUGCUGAGCAGCCUCCUCUCCUCCGCUCUGAUUAUUGACCUACCCAGGGCAAAAAUCAGAGCCGAAGCGGUCGCGGAUAUCACGUCCCCACCGCUUAGGAUGAGACCGAGACCUGGCCGAGAGGGAGCCCCGGAGCUGGAGGGGGGGCCUGCGGCGGGGAGCCGGCGGGGCACGAGGAUGAAGGGCACCGGGACCGCUGGAGGGGGGAGCCGGUGUCUGCUCCUGGUUCUCCUGCUGCUGGGCUGCAGCUGCCACAUGUUGCACGGUCAAGAAGUGGCGCCCUAUUUCCAAGGGGGUAGAUGGGAACAGCAGGUGGUCUUGGAGGGAAACAGAAUGGUGCUGACCUGCCCAGCUAGAGGCAGCUGGCCUCUGCAAUACCGCUGGACCUUCAACAAUAGCAGCAUCACUGACUGGACAACAGAAUACAGGUUGUCCAUUACAUCUCUGAGGAGGACUGAUGCUGGCCUGUAUCAGUGUAUGGUGAGGAACAGAAUGGGUGCUGUUAUACACAGGAGAACAGAGGUGCAUGUAGCCUUUUUGGGGAAUUUCUCUAUGGAGGAGCAGAGAAGAACUGUGACUCAAGGCAGAGCAGCCGUCAUGAGCCCAUCUCCUCUUGCUUCCUUUCCUCGACCCCUUGUUACGUGGUACAAAGAUGGACAUAAGAUCAUCUCCAACAAUCGGAUAGCGAUCACUCUGGACAAUCAGCUAAUUAUCUUGGCCACCACUGCGACGGAUGCAGGGCGUUACCACGCUGAAGCCGUGAACGAGAUGACAGGGGGGAAUGUGACGAGUCCUGCCAUCUACCUGAACAUCUCAGUUGGCAAGAAAAGACGUGGGUCAACAGACCCGGAGUCAGAGAUUGUUGCUCCACUGAUUGUGAUUGGACCGAAAAACACAACAGCGGUGGCAGGAAGAGAGGCUAUACUGGAGUGUAUCGCUAAUGCUCGACCAGUUGAUGGCCUCAUGGUGUCAUGGAAACGUGAUGGGCGUCAGCUGGCCGGCGGUCAUCGUCUCAUUAUUCCUCACCCCAGCUCUUCUGACACAGGGUUAUAUGUUUGUGAAGCAUCGCUUAGCAACAGUACUGUCAAACCUGUGGAAGCAAGGGCACACCUCACUGUACUGGAACCACCUACGCUGAAAGUUCAACCCAAAAGAAAGAUCUUUGCUGAUCUCAACAAGAAUGUAGAUAUCCCCUGCCAGGCUUCAGGCGUACCACAGCCGAGGGUUGAAUGGUAUAAGGAUACUGUGCCUCUUUACAAAGUGGCCAACCCUCGCUACAAGGUCAGCGCUGCCACAGGGCUCACGGUGCACAGGGUGCAGCCAGGAGAUGGAGGAAUAUUUCAGUGCUUUGCUCGCAGCGCUGCCGGAGAGACUCAAGCACACACAGAAAUCCUUGUCUCCAGUUUGGCGCCUUCAUUAACGUCCCCUCCCUCUGACCACACUGUAACUGAAGGGGACAUAGCUUUGUUUGCCUGCCAAAACACCGGGGCUCCGAAACCUGCCAUUACUUGGAGGAAAGGAUCACAGGUUGUAGCUAGCGGCAGUGUCCUGAUUCCCAGGUUCACGCUGUUGCUGUCUGGCGGUCUACAGAUUCAACCAGUCAGCUUCCAGGAUUCAGGAGAUUUCACCUGCAUCGCCUCCAACUCAGUGGGAACCAUCAACGCCACUGCUACACUCACCGUCUUGAGUCGCACAGUCAUUUCUGUACCUCCAACAGAUCUGCGUGUUAUCAAGGGAACAACUGCUAUUCUGGACUGUAAUGCUACUCAUGACCCCAGAAUCAAUAUCAGCUUCAAGUGGGAUCGAGGAGGUUUGCCGGUUGUUUUGAGUGGUGGUCGUGUCGCUGUGCGCCAGGGCUCUCUCACUAUUGGUCAGACGUGGUCAGGUGACAUUGGGGACUACACCUGCACUGUGACAUCACAAGCUGGCAAUGAUUCCCGCCUUGCACGCCUUGAAGUCAUCGAGCUGCCACACUCUCCUCGCUCCCUGACUGCUUCCCUCAACGAUUCAGACUCGCGCUCUGUUCACCUGUCCUGGCUGCGUCCCUUCGAUGGGAACUCUCCUCUUCUGUACUACGUGUUGGAGCUUUCUGAGAACAACUCUCCAUGGAAGGUCUACCUGUCCGAGGUUGAUCCUGCAGUGGCCGAGAUGUCAGUGGGUGGGCUCACACCUGCCAGAACAUACCAGUUCAGACUCUGUGCUGUCAAUCAAGUGGGCAGGGGUCAGUACAGCACCGAAACGCAGAGGUUGAUGCUGCGAGAGACGGCACCCAGUGCUCCUCCUAAGAACGUUGUGGCCAGCGGCCGGACAAACCAGUCCAUUAUGGUCCAGUGGCAGCCUCCUCCAGAACCUGAGCUGAACGGAGUCCUGCGAGGAUAUGUACUUAGGUAUCGUCUGGCAGGGUUGCCAGGAGACUACCAGGAAAAGAACAUCAGCAGCCCUGAAACUAACUACUGUCUUCUGAAAGAUCUCAUCAUCUGGACUCAGUACCAGAUCCAGGUGGCUGCCUACACAAGUGCUGGCUUAGGCAUCUACAGCCGUCCCGUCUCUGAAUAUACGCUGCAAGGAGUUCCCACAGCACCUCCGCAGGAAGUGGAAGUUGUAGCUGUAAACUCAACAACCAUACGCUUCACAUGGAACCCUCCUCCUCAGCAGUUCAUUAACGGCAUUAACCAGGGAUACAAGCUGAUGGUCUGGCCAGAGCAGUCUCCGGAGGAUGUAACCAUAGUAACCAUCACUCCAGACUACCCCAGUUCGCGGCACACAGGAUUGGUCAACGGGCUCAAGAAGUUCACCUGGUACUUCAGCUCCACCCUCUGCUUCACCACACCUGGAGAUGGGCCCCGGAGCCUUCCCACCCUGCUGCAGACACACGAAGACACUCCUGGACCUGUCCGCCACCUGAGUUUCACUGAAAUAUUGGAUACAUCGCUCCGUGUCAGCUGGGAUGAGCCUGAGGACAAGAAUGGCAUCAUUACUGGCUACAUGCUGCGGUGGGAAGUGCCCGAUGUUGAGUCAAGUUAUGAAGAACGGUCCUUGUCCAAUUCCACCCUGCAGUACCAGCUGACAGGCCUCACCUCCACCACUGUGUACACACUACAGGUGGCUGCUCUCACGGCUGCAGGACGGGGUGCGGUCACAUCCUCCACCAUCUCCACCGGAGUCCCACCGGAACUUCCUGGUCCUCCCUCUAAUUUAGUCAUCUCUAACAUCAGCCCUCGGACAGCAACAAUUAGGUUCCGCCCAGGUCCUGAUGGGAAAACCGCUAUAUCCAGAUGGACGGUAGAGGGACAGGUGGUAAACAAGAAUGGCAAGGAAGAAGCAUGGAGAGUUGUCUACCAAAGAGACAACCAGCCCGAUGCAGACACUCUGGAGAUCCCCAACCUCAUCCCAUUCACUCAGUACAGGUUCAGGAUGCAGCAGGAGAACAUUGUCGGUUCCAGUCCCAUGAGCGCCCCCUCUAGGCUGAUUCAGACUUUGCAGGCUGCCCCUGACACACACCCGUCCAACCUCAACCUCGUGUCUGCUACACAGACCAGCCUACAUUUCAGCUGGAAGCCUCUUCCAGAGUCCGAGUACAAUGGCAGCCCAGAAACUGUAGGCUACAGGCUGCGUAUAUGCAGCACGGACAGUCAAGGAGAGGACAGGACUGAGGAUGUUGAGGGAGGAGGAGAAAUCACCAAGGCCACAAUAGAAGCCUUGAAUCCCUGGACCCAGUACCGGAUUCAGAUACAAGCCUUCAACUCAAUAGGACCAGGAACGUGGAGCGACCCUGUUGCUGCACACACUGCUGAAUCUGUUCCAUGCGGAUCACCAUUGAAUGUGACUGCUGAGGCGGUGAGUUCCUCCAGAAUCAUGCUCAGCUGGACCGCUCUUCCUCAGGCUCAAAGGAAUGGAGUUAUUCUUGGUUAUAAGGUGUUGUACAGGGAGAAGGACUCAGAAGGUCCUCCCAGUGUUCGGGCAGCAGAAGGAGAGGGAAAUGUAUCGCUGCUCCUCCGAGACCUCAGUAAAUUCACCAUGUAUGUGCUGCAAGUUCUGGCGUACACAAGGAUGGGUGAUGGCCCACCCAGCAAUCCUGUUCUGCUAAGAACCAAAGAAGAUGUACCAGGCCCCCCUGUCCGCAUGGUGUUUCCAGAAGUUCGAUUGACAUCAGUUAGAGUGGUCUGGCAGCCACCUGCAUUACCCAAUGGGAUACUAUUAGGCUACCAGAUCUCCUACCGGCUUGACAGCAGGGACCCUCAGCGCUGGACCACGGUGGAGGUGGGCUCCAACGCUCGCCAGUUCACCGUCACAGGACUUUCCCCCGAGCAGACCUACGUGUUCCGCCUCAUUGCUCGCACUGCCGUGGGCUGGGGCGAGCAACAGGAAGCCCUGGUAGUGACCACUGAGCGCAGAGAGCGUCCACAGCCACCCAGGAAGUUGUCUGUUCCUCAGGAUGAGGUUGAAUCUCGCCAGCUUCAUCUAUACUGGGUUGGCAGUGGGUCAGGUUCCUCACUUCUGAGAUACUUCACUCUGCACUUCAAGGAGCUACCCAGCGGGACUUGGAAGGCGCACACAGAUGAUAUCCCACACAACGUAACCACCUGGAUUGUUGACAGGCUGAAACCAUUCACAUCAUACAAGUUUCGGAUGUUGGCCACCAAUGAUGUUGGAAACAGUGUUCUCAGCAAAGAGUCGGAGGUCAUUAAAACUCUGCAGGAUGUGCCUAAUGAACCACCAGUGAUCCUCUCAGUGAAACCAACAACUACUACCUCAGUGCUUGUGCAGUGGAAGCGUCCUAGUGAAGGAAGUAUUAAUGGGAUUUUGACUGGAUACCGGCUGUAUUAUAGGGAGAUCCAAGGAAACACUUCUACUCUCACAGGAGCAGAAAGCCAGACCACCAAAAACAACACCACAAGUGCCCUCAUUACAACCAAGAGCACAUUCAAGACAGUCAGCAGCCCCUCACUCACAGAGUUUGAGUUGACACAACUGAAGAAGUUCAAACGCUAUCAGAUCGUAAUGACAAGCUACAAUAUCAUUGGAGAGAGCCCACCGUCCACUCCGGUCGAGGUGUCUGUUGGAGAGGCGGCUCCAUCGGUGGCGCCUCAGUCUAUCAAAGUGUCAGCUGUGUCUCCCUCCAGCCUUGAAGUGACCUGGGACAUGCCCCCCCUUGAGACCCAGAAUGGACUCAUCCAAGGAUACAAGAUCCACUACUGGGAGAGAGAUGAGCAGAACCAGACUGAGAAGGUGAAGGUGAUUUUUGUGCCAGAUACCCGUGUGCACCUCACCAACCUGACCAGCUACACACCUUAUCUGGUCACUCUCACUGCUUUCAACACUGCUGGUGACGGACCGCCUAGUGACCCCCGUGGGGCUCGGACCCUACAGUCUGCUCCCAGCCAGCCCAGCUACCUGUCGUUCUCUGAAGUGACAGGAGGGAGUGUCAACGUGUCUUGGGCAGCUCCACUCACUCCCAAUGGACAACUGGAAGGUUACAGAGUCAUUUAUCAACCCACUGCUCCUGUACAGGGAGUGACUAAACUGGUGACAGUGGACGUGAAAGGCAGCUGGCAACGAUGGCUGAAGAUUCGGGACCUGGUCAAAGGAGCCACGUACACUUUCAGUGUUCAGGCGCUCACAGUCAGUUACGGACCACCUAUUCAGGCAAACAUCACUGCUCAGCCUGUUAAAGGGUCUCCUGGGUCGCCCAUGGAAAUCUCCAUCUCCAGGAGUUCCUCCGGCCUCACCAUCCACUGGUCAGAGGGCGACGUCGGCGCAGCCUCUGUGACUGGAUAUGUUAUUGAGGCUCGUCCCUCAGAUGAGGGAGUGUGGGACUCCUUCAUCAGACUUCUCCCUCCCAGCAGCAGGUCUGUUUCAGUGCCGCUGGAGCGCCUGAGGCCCGGGAUCAGCUAUGAAUUUCGAGUCAUCGCUGUGAAUCGCUUCGGCUUCGGACAGCCCAGUACACCCUCAGCUGCUCUCACUGCGCUGUCAGAGCGUCCUUUUUAUGAAGAGUGGUGGUUUUUGCUGGUCAUGGCUCUGGUGGGACUCAUCCUGAUCCUGGUCCUGGUGUUCACCCUGCUGCUGCAUGGACACAGCACCAAGUACAAGGCCUGUGGCACAGGAAAACAUUUGGCAUCAGGGGAGGAGUCGGUAACGCUGGACAACGGAGGUUUCACUGCUCUGGAGCUAAACAGCAGAGCACUCAACACCAAAAACUCCUUCCUGAAGAAGAAUGGGACCAAGUCUCCUCCCAGGCCGAGUCCAGGCGGUCUUCACUACUCUGACGAGGAUAUCUGUAACAACUAUAAUGGAGCCGUGCUCACUGAGAGCACCACACUCACGGAGAAACCCACCGAGGUCUCUGAGUCAGAGUUAACGGACAGCGACUACGAGGACGAGCAGCCAAAGCACUCCUUCGUUAACCACUACAUGAGCGACCCCACCUACUACAACUCCUGGAAGCGACAGCCCAAAGGCCUGAAAGGGAUGGGCCCGCCCUUCGCCUAUGAUGAGUGUGCCACUGCGGACAACGAGCCGUACUACCAGACGGUGGUCACCCAGCACAGCACAGGUGGCGCGUACACGCCCACAGGGCAGCCUGCUCACACACACGUCAACCCCAACACCAACCCGCCGGGGUCGCGCACCCCUGUCACAGGAUUUUCUUCAUUUGUUUGACUCUAGAGACAGAAUCUGCACAAAAUAAUGCACACACGGGUACAUUGAAGGGGGGGCUCGUCCAUGUGUGUGUUUCAGGACUAAAAGGGAACUGGUCAAAAAACCAGCUGAAGAUGCCCCAAAGAAUUGAACUUUACACUACUCACCCGGCUUCUCCUCUCGUUCAUGAAGACCUGGUGUGUGUGUGUGUGUGUGUGUGUUCUUAUCCUUUAAACCUCUGUGUCACUGUGCUUACACACACAAUUGCUGUUCUUGUUUUCUUCACAUUCCCACUGGUAUAUCUCACCGGAUACUCACGCUUGCUCCAGAAACUCUCCAGUGAGAGCAAGAGACGAUGACUGGAUAAGUCCUUUUUUUUUUCCUUUGGUUUUUUUGUCCUGUCUGGGAAAGAAGUCAUCCUGGGGCUGGAGGAAGCUGGGAUUUCUGCACAAAACCUGAUCUCUGUUUUCUGUAUCCACACUGAAGUGCACAAGUCCACAUUCAUGUGUCCUCUGAUGGCUGAUUUCAGCGUUACUGACUGAGAAACAGGAACACAAAGGUCGUGGAGACUUAUUUAAAGGUGGCACAGAAACAAGAAGCUUUUGCUGACAGACAAGUUCGUCCACAUAAACGGAGCAUUCAAAGAUCACCACAGAGAAGAAAAAUAACAAUCAAUAAUGACAGUUUUUGAACUUGAAAAUAACAGAGAGAGUGAGCAGAAGAACUUAAAGCAUUCUCAGGAGUGUCGAGCGGUCUGAGACGUGUGAUGUUUGGGUUAGACUACAUAGGAAAUUGUGUUUUUUAACAGUUUACUUCCCGUUAUCCUUUUAAUGCAGCAUUUCAAGCCAUAAAGCUUGCACUGAGCCGAAAUCAAAACCAUUGCAUCUUUAUUCUGUUCAAAUCCUAUUUUCUACAAGUCUGAGUGUGACACGCGUGCAUACAAGCAUGUGUGUAAGAUGUCUAUUGUCACCUUCGAAGCCUGCUCAUGUGUCUGUAGUUCACUGCUAAGCAAAGCGUGCCAUUGUGUGUAUGUUUAUAUUUUUAAGAUGGAUUUUGUAAUGCCAAACCCUUUUUACUUGUGUGCUGAUGGACGUAGUUCAGCCCUGUUUGUGAAAAUCAAAGCAAACAGCUGAGGAGCCCUGGGGAAGGUCUGCGUGCUGUAAAUGAGGAGAGAGAAGAGGAAGUGAUGCUUUCACGAGAACCUUUAAAUAAGUCACAGUCAGAUGAGAGAAAGGAGCUAAUAAAGAGGAUAUUUUGUUCAAUCAUUACACGGUUUAAGUUUGGCUCAUGAAGCUCCACUAUCCAAACCUUGAUCACCCCUCCAGGUGUAACCAGGGCAACACUGUGGUACUCUGUUCUUCUCUUCAGCUGCACAUGAAACUCACAUGUACAUUUUGCUCAUGUAUGAUUUGAUGGUUCUUCAGCCAGCAGCAGUUUUCCUCACUCUGUCAAGCUUCUUUUGGGCCCCAUGCAGUG